AUGCAUGCAGGCGACGUUUCAUCCCUACGGCCGUUUUCACGCGAGAUGAAGGCCCUGAACGCAGACAUGGUGGCCGAAGACGUAGUAGCCCGUGACCGGCUCAAACAUCUCUUGAAUGAACCCCUGCCACACCUCGAACAACUCCGAAUCGAGACCAUCCCCGCCGGCUCUGAGGAUAACUUCUUCCGCAUCUACCAGCCGUUCACGUACUCCUUGCGUGCUGCCAAUCUCCCCCGGCUGCACUCCCUGAUAGCUGUCGGCACGCGGGUCGACCUCGACCGGCCUCUCUGUGGCAACAUACGACACCUCCACAUGCAACUUUCCAACAACACGUACCAAAAACCUAGCCUCCCCUUGAACAACUUCCUCCAACUCGUGCGCAACUGUUCGCGGCUUGAGACCCUCUGCGUCGAUCACUAUAUCGAUGUUUCGACGCCAGCAGGGACCCCGAGUCCUCCUCCGGUGCUGUCUCUAACGGGCCACACCCAGUUAAAGGCGAUUUCGUUUCGUGACCAGCCACAUAUCGUGUCCAGGAUCAUCUCUUUCCUGGUCAUCCCCGCGCAUAUCACGACUCACAUCUCGACGUUCGUCACUGGAAACAAGCCCACUGCUGCCCUGCGUGCAAUGAUUCCGGACGACCCGGCCAAGUUACUGUUGCUGGGACGUGCCAACAAGGUCGAGGUGCGCCACACCGCCCAAUACCCCGCGCUUCGGGCAGGCAUGUUGGGUGACGCCCACGGCCACUUCGAGAUGGAACUCCUUCCCGCUCACAAUCCCAGAGACCUCGGAGUCGUGGGAGGCUUCCCUGACGGCGUGGUCCUACACGCCAUGAUGCAGUCCCUGGGCAUCUUCAACACCUGCCCCGCGCGGCUGCUCCGUGUCCAGGGGAACCUCCAGCACGUCACCCUCGAGUCGUGGCUCGCCGCGUUCGACCGCUUCCCCGACCUCGAACAGCUCGAGAUCGAGGACACCCAGGACUUCUCGAUGGACGCCAUAGACGUCGCCCUCCGCGCCCUGAGCUCGCGCUCGCGCACGCGCUCCGGGGGCGCCCCCUGCCCGCAGCUGAAGCGUCUCCGAGUCCAGGGCAAGAUCCGUAACCAGUAUGGGAGGCUGCCUCCGGUCAUCAUCCUCUUUCUGGAACGCAUAAACCUGCGCGCGCCGCGGCUGCACCGGCUGGAACUCGACCUGUACGCUGACAGGGCUUGGGAAGCGGGUGUGGCGGUGAACUUGCAGCGGCUGUUUGUUCCCUUGGCUGUUCAAGUCGAGUUGCACAUCCGCGAGCCAAGUAACCGACAGUAG